AUGGCAGACAGCGGAACCCGGCACGCGCGUGUGGUGGGCCCACCGACACAUGAGGAGGAUGUCUCGGACGUGAAAGAGGCCAAGGCCAUCGCCCAUGACUACAACCCGGUGCACCACACCCUGUCCGAGAAGCCGGCAUCCGGGACAGCUACAAGCGGCUCAAAGGAUGCCCAGACUGCUGCUGCCAAGCCCCUCCAGGAGUGA